AUGUUGCACAAACUCCAGGACCAGGUAUGCUCCCAGGUGAAUGAAACCAGCGCCGCCCCGCCUAAGCCAGGCCUCCACGCCAUGAUAGACGAGCUGUUCGCUCGCCACGAAGUGCAGCGAGGGCUAAUCGAGUGGCUGGGGGAGGACGAAGCCCGUAAUAGAGCGAGAACUUUAGUAACGGAGCUCCAAUUUGACAUUCGAACGGGAGACGGCAACGACGCUCGCACGACUCUAAACAAACUACUGCCUCUGUAUAUGGAAGCUCUAAACGUCCGAGAACUGGGCGAACACGCCAUCCCCGUAGCCUCCCCGGGAGGAAAGAAGGACAAGAAGAUGCUUGGCAAUCUCGUGCUGGGCCGCAUGCAGCCGUUUCUGGAACAGCUGCAGAUGAUGUACUCGGAUACUGUCGAUGACGGAGAUUCCUUCUCAGCUAGCAAGGGCGAGGAAUUGAAGGGGACGACCAAGAGACUCAAGGCGGCGCUGUUCGUGUUUCUAAAUACUGGCAACUUCGCGUCGCACAAUCGCGGCAAACUGACUUUCUGCCAGCAGGUCGAGCUGUGUGGCGCAGUGGGGGCAAUGGCGGAGACGCUGCCGGUGGUACUUCACGCCUGUCAGACGGUGAAAACAGGAAAAAAGAGCCUGGCAACGAGACGAGCUCUGCGUGUGGACAGCUCACGAGCGAAGUAUCAAGCGACGCUCAAGCACAUGGAGAUGGUGCCCAAAGCGCGCGUUUGUAGACGAUGCCCUUCGUGUCGUCGUGACGACUGUGCCGAGUCGCACAGACUCCUGCAGGCUCUACCGUUUAACCCUCUAGCGGUGACGCUGAAUUGUCCAGUCCCCAAGAGCUUGUGGCAUGACUUUGUGCAUGAAAACGACCUGUGCGUCUUCAACCACGGCGAGUUAAAGUCAAAGUCCACACUCCGAGCAGGGAAGCGGAUCCUGUGCUGGGCCAAAGCAGAGUGCAAGGACUUUGGCUGUCUGCGAUCGCACUCUCUGGCCGAAGUCUGCUGGUUUAAUCCGAGUUUUAGGACGGAAGCGUGCUCGCAAGGCAGAGAGUGUCCGUGGAAGAAAAACUGCUGUGCGUUCCACAGCGAAUUUCAUAAAACCAAGCGCAGUGUACACAAGAACGAGUACGUGGGUGUUGCUGAGCCAAUACUGUUUCUAACUCGGACGCUGAAGGCGUUGAAAAAAGGUCCAUCGCCUUCUCCACUGAAGACGAAGAUCGUGUCGAAAGCGACACCAAAUCAAGGCGAGCAGAGCCAAAUCUCGAGCUCGGAGCAACAGAAAUACACGCGUGUGCUCACGCACAUGGAGACGGUGGCAAAGGCGCGACUUUGCACGAACGAAGAGCACUACAAGCCAGGCGGCAAUAGCGACGUCUGUGACGAGUCUCACGACCUUUAUGAAGCUUUAUCUUUAAAUCCGCUGGCGAUGGUGCUGCCCUGCCUCACGCCCAAGAGCAAUCGCGACGAUUUCCUGCAUCAAAACGGACUCUGUGUGUAUUACCACGGCAAGAAACCCGUCCCGAAGGAGUUUCUAAAGACCAAAAACCUGCUGUGCGAGUCACUCGACAAGUGCAAGGACGAGACGUGUGUCAAGUCGCACUCGGUCGUCGAAAUCUGCUGGUUCUUCCCGAUCUUUCACGUCAAUAAAUGUCCUCAAGGAGACUCGUGCAAGCGCAUGGAAACCUGCUCGUUGUAUCACAGCGAAUAUCAUGACAAACGAGACGCGACGAUGAACGAUACGGUGGGCAACACGGAGCCCGUUUUCUUUAUCUCGCGCGCGUAUUCCGAGCUGGUCUCGAAGAGUACGAGCUUCCAGAGUCUAAAAGAUGUGGACGACGACAGCGUAACCAGCUGGGAACUCAGCGAAGACGCCGGUGACGCGGACGACAACGACGAAGAGUUGAAGAAGCGGACCGAGACCGAGCGUGUUAAGUACGAACAAGUACUUGAACACAUGAAGCUGGUGCCAAGAGCGCGAGUGUGCAGCAUGAGCGAAGACCAUGAUAACGCAUGCGCCAAGUCGCACUCUCGACUGGAAGCGCUCGCAUUCAACCCACUCGCGUUGAUACUCAAGUGCCCGAUUCCUCCAGACGAGGAGCAUCUGGCGCAGUGCGUAUUUGACCACAACAUGGGACCCGUUCCGAAAGGUUUUGUCAAAGAUAAAAAGCUCCUCUGCGAAGAGCUGGACGCGUGUAGUAACGCAAACUGCGUCAAGUCGCAUUCCAUUGCUGAGGUUUGCUGGUUCAACCCAAAGUUCCGCGUGGCUGAGUGUCCGCAAGGCAGCGAAUGCGCUCGCAAGCAAAACUGUGUUGGGUUCCAUUCGGAACAUUCGGAACGGAGGAAUGCGCGAAUGAACUCCCAAGUCGGAGCGACUGAGCGAGCAUUGUUUGUUGAGCGCGUGUAUGCGGCGCUAACCAAGCGGCGGCUCCAGGCUUCACAUCACAACCUAGAGGCAGAACUGACUCUUGCCAACUCGGAAACAUCUCACGACGACGAGCAUGCGCCUGAAGUUGGAUAUGAACACGUUGACAUGCCGAACUCGUUUGAGUUGUUGUGCAGUUCAAGCGAUUGA